AUGCCACAGGGUCCAUUGGGCGAGUAUCCACAGGGUCCAGUGGGCGAGUAUCCACAGGGUACAGUGGGCGAGUAUCCACAGGGUCCAGUGGGCGAAUAUCCACAGGGUCCAGUGGGCGAGUAUUCACAGGGUCCAGUGGGCGAGUAUCCACAGGGUCCAGUGGGCGAGUAUCCACAGGGUCCAGUGGGCGAGUAUCCACAGGGUACAGUGGGCGAGUAUCCACAGGGUCCAUUGGGCGAGUAUCCACAGGGUCCAGUGGGCGAGUAUCCACAGGGUACAGUGGGCGAGUAUCCACAGGGUCCAGUGGGCGAGUAUCCACAGGGUACAGUGGGCGAUUAUCCACAGGGUACAGUGGACGAGUAUCCACAGGGUACAGUGGACGAGUAUCCACAGGGUACAGUGGGCGAUUAUCCACAGGGUACAGUGGACGAGUAUCCACAGGGUACAGUGGACGAGUAUCCACAGGGUACAGUGGACGAGUAUCCACAGGGUACAGUGGACGAGUAUCCACAGGGUACAGUGGGCGAGUAUCCACAGGGUACAGUGGACGAGUAUCCACAGGGUCCAGUGGGCGAGUAUCCACAGGGUACAGUGGGCGAUUAUCCACAGGGUACAGUGGGCGAGUAUCCACAGGGUACAGUGGACGAGUAUCCACAGGGCCCAUUGGGCGAGUAUCCACAGGGUCCAUUAGGAGAGUAUCCACAGGGUACAGUGGAUGAGUAUCCACAGGGUCCAUUAGGUGAGUAUCCACAGGGUACAGUGGAUGAGUAUCCACAGGGUCCAUUAGGCGAGUAUCCACAGGGUACAGUGGGCGAGUAUCCACAGGGUCCAUUGGGCGAGUAUCCACAGGGUCCAGUGGGCGAGUAUCCACAGGGUACAGUGGGCGAGUAUCCACAGGGUCCAGUGGGCGAGUAUCCACAGGGUACAGUGGGCGAUUAUCCACAGGGUACAGUGGGCGAGUAUCCACAGGGUACAGUGGACGAGUAUCCACAGGGUCCAUUGGGCGAGUAUCCACAGGGUCCAUUAGGCGAGUAUCCACAGGGUACAGUGGAUGAGUAUCCACAGGGUCCAUUAGGUGAGUAUCCACAGGGUACAGUGGAUGAGUAUCCACAGGGUCCAUUAGGCGAGUAUCCACAGGGUACAGUGGGCGAGUAUCCACAGGGUCCAUUGGGCGAGUAUCCACAGGGUACAGUGGGCGAGUAUCAAUAUUAA